AUGUACCCAUUCAAUGGACACAAGCCGCCGAGCGACGAAGCUAUUCUCGACCUUUUAAAACAGGUCGGCCUGCGCGAAUACGUACAGUCUCACGGUGGAAUAGAUGUGGAGAUGACUAGUAUGAAAUUUUCGCCUGGUCAAAAGCAACUGUUCUUCGUUGCGCGAGGCAUCUUCCAUCACCAGAACGUGGGGUCAAAAAUUGUCAUGAUGGACGAAGCGACUAGCUCUAUGGACUAUGGCGUUGACAAAGAGAUACAGAAGCUGAUUGACGAGCAUCUCAAAGACUGUACUAUUGUUUUGAUUGCUCAUAGACUGCACUCUCUAGACAAUGCAGAUGUGGUAGUCGAGCUCGAGGCUGGCAAAGUGUGGGUGUAA